GCUGAACUGUAUUCAGUCGCUGUUGUGGCUGGGAGGCAGCAGAGUCAGGCAGUAUCUUUGGUUGACCGUGAUCCAGCCAAAGGUAAAGCAGCAGUCUUUUAAACUGACCGACAAAGCGAAAAGAAGCUACUGACGUGUCUGGCCAAACUCCGACUUUGCACGACACCUUUCAUCCUCCAGAUACUGCAGACAGAAAGUACCAGAAGAGUGAGCCGGGACAGGACGCUGGGUGAAGUGUGACAGGAUGUUCAGCCAGUUGUUUAUCUCUUUCUAAAUGAAUAGAAGAGGCAGGUUGUGAUAAUGCGCUGCCUGGCUGCUCGGGUGAACUACAAGACCCUCAUCGUUAUCUGCGCCCUCUUCACACUCAUCACUGUGUUGCUGUGGAACCGCUGCUCUAGUGACACCUCCAUACGCUUCCUGCCCCGUGCUGCACCGGUGGCCACGAGUUCUCAGAUCGGCGAUGCUAGCAUCAGCAGCCAGCAGCAUCCCCCGCAACCUCCCGAGCCCCCGCCUGUUGUCGGAGUUGUCGGGGGGAUCAAGUAUGAAGAAAUUGACUGCUUAAUCAAUGAUGAAUCGACUGUCAAAGGCCGGCGAGAGGGGGGAGAAGUCUACCUGCCCUUCUCUUGGGUGGAAAAGUACUUUGAAGUGUACGGCAAAAUAGUGCAGUACGAUGGCUACGAUCGUUUUGAGUUUCAGCACAGCUAUUCAAAGGUUUACGCCCAGCGAGAACCCUACCACCCCAAUGGAGUCUUCAUGUCGUUUGAGGGAUACAACGUGGAGGUCCGUGACCGGGUCAAGUGUAUCAGCGGAGUGGAAGGCGUGCCUCUGUCCACUCAGUGGGGCCCUCAGGGCUACUUUUACGCCAUCCAGAUUUCCCAGUACGGUUUGAGCCAUUACAGCAAAAACCUGACCGAGCGCGCUCCCCACGUUGAUGUCUAUGACACGGCCGAGGAGAGGGACAGCCGAGCCAACGCCGCGACCUGGAGUGUACCGAAAGGUUGCGGGCUCAGCCGCGUCUAUGACAAGACCAGGGCUACCUUCGUGCGGCAGUUCAGCGCUCCAGACUCCUCCGAAGGCGUGUCCCUCCAGAUGGGCAACUCCAAAGACUUCAUCCUCAGCUUGGACCUCAAGUUUAUCUCCAACGGCAGCGUGUCUGUAAUCCUUGAAACCACAGAGAAGGGCCCUCCCUUCACAAUCCACUACGUGACCAGCACACAGCUCAUCGCCUUCAGAGAGCGUGACAUCACCUACGGGAUUGGACCGCGAACCGCUUGGAGCACUCUGACCCGGGAUCUGCUCACCGACCUCAGGAAGGGCGUCGGGCUGUCCAACACAAAGGCUGUUAAGGCCACAAAGAUUAUGCCCAGACGUGUGGUGCGAUUAGUCCUGCAUGGGCGUGGAUUUGUUGACAACAUCACCAUCUCCACCACUGCGCACAUGGCCGCCUUCUUUGCCGCCAGCGACUGGCUGCUGCGCAACCAGGACGAGCGAGGCGGAUGGCCUAUCAUGGUCACCCGUAAACUAGGCGAAGGCUUCAGACCUCUGGAGCCCGGCUGGUACUCGGCCAUGGCUCAGGGCCAGGCCAUGUCCACCCUUGUGAGAGCCUACCUCCUCACCAAGGACCAGGCGUACCUCAACGCUGCCCUGAAGGCAGUAGGACCUUAUAAGGUGCCUUCAGCACAGCAUGGGGUCAAAGCUGUGUUCAUGAACAAGUAUGACUGGUAUGAAGAAUACCCCACCACACCCAGCUCCUUUGUGCUCAACGGCUUCAUCUACUCCCUGCUGGGGCUCUACGACUUGACUGAGACAGCUGGAGAGAAGCUCGGCAGGGAGGCAGGGCAGCUGUUCAGCCGCGGCAUGGAGUCGCUGAAGGCCAUGCUGCCGCUCUUUGACACCGGGUCUGGGAGCAUUUAUGACCUGCGUCACUUCAUGUUGGGCACUGCGCCCAACUUGGCUCGCUGGGACUAUCACACCACACACAUUAAUCAGCUACAGCUGCUGGCAUCCAUAGACAACUCCCCCAUCUUCAAGGAUGUGGUCAAGCGCUGGAAAACCUACUUAAAGGGGAUUCGUGCCAAGCACAAUUAGACUAAACUCCAACCCACACACUAUAAAGGCUGAGAUGAGAAGAAGAUCGAUAUAUUCUGUGCGACUGAAGGAAUGAAUGAGCGGCCUAUGCUCGCGUGCACGUCCUCGAUCUGGUUGAAGUCCAAAAUCUGAAGUAUGAGUUUAAUCAGCUGAAGCUCUCAAUACUCUCUCGUGUGCUCUGUUGCAGGUUUUUUAAUUUCUGCAACAUCCACUGUAGCUCUCCUCUCUCUGUUUCUUUUCUUUUCCUUCACCUCUUGAGUUAGUGUUUGUAGUUAUGCACAAACCUCAUUUCAAAGUGAGAGUGUCUGCAUUCAGGAAGAAAGUGUGUAUGUGUUCGUGCGUGUGUGUGUGCGUUUUUAAAAAGAAUAUAUGACAUUGGUGAAAGAUUAAAAACUCUGUGAAUCACAUUUCAGACAUUCUUCGAUGCAUCCAGCACAUUUUUCUUCUGCAAUUGUAUUUUUUUUAACGUCAUUUCAGAUUAAAGUUUAUUAAAACAAACUGUAUAUAACAGAAUAUAUUAUAAAUUAUUUGAAGGAGAACGUUGCCAAAAAACAAAAAAGCGCAUCUUUUCAAUAUAUAAGAAGCAUUCGAAUAUUUCACCACAACAACAUUUUUAAUGCAAACCCUUCAAUACUAAACAGUUUUAAAUUACAACGCAGGACUUUUUUUUUAAGUGUCUCACAUUUAAUGUUUGGUUAGAGAUGUUUAUUAGAGAAUUCAUCCCUUUGUGGAAAUGCUAGAAAAUCAAACGUUUUAUGAUUCUGUCUAAACACAGAUUAAUGUUAGCCAAUAAUUAUAGUAUUAUGUCUUUAGUAGAUUUAUCUUUUCCCCUCUAAAGUAAAUGUGAGGCUUCUGUUAAGCUGCUUGAAAGCUGCUCUGAGUAAUAAUCGAGCUCGUUCUCAGUAGCAAUGUGAUUGUUCCUGUGGUAUUCACUGAGAUAAAUCAAUGCAGCCCUGCAAUAAUGCUUAAAAAUGAGGAAGUUAUCAUAAUUAGCUGUAGCUUCUGUAAUGUUGCUACCUGUAUCCGAUGGUCAGGCAGUGAUACCACCGUGUAACCGUUUUUGUUCAAGGUUGCAACUUCACAUAUGAUUAACUUUGAGUUCAGCGUGUUUAUUAACACAUGUGUGUCCCAUGUGAGAAAUCCCAGCUGGCUGAAUUUAAGACCAGGAUAAAUGCUCGCUUCUUUUCAGCUGCACAAUCUAAAGUUUUGUUUCAAAAGGAAAAACUGUGUUUCCUACUUACACGCGUGAUCGCAGGCCUGAACGAGGCUAAACAUUUAAUACUAGAUUAACCAAGAGGCAUCAGUUAAAAGGUGAUACUAAUGUGAAACUUUAAAUGCCAAACUCCAGCUCCCCACGUCAUUGUUAUAAUUUCAGAUCUGUGUUUUUUGCUUGGUGUGAAUAUCAGCACCGUCAGUCGUAGCCACAUUUUAAUUCAUUCUUGUGCCCACCCCCCUCGUUCCCCUCCUCCUUUUUGACCUUUUCAGCUCGUUGUUUACUCGGGAACUCGUCUGAAAAGCCUUUCUUCUGUAACUCAUACUUGGAACAUGAUAAUUGCAGGAUACAAGCGUAGGUGGUGUAGAUGUCUCUGUUGUGUAUUGGAGGAGAUGAACGUGGGCAGCAGAAGCACAGCUGCAUCUCACUACAAUGUUAAUUCACACCAUUUAAAUAGACAAUGCCAGGAAGUACUAAAGCUGGAGGUAAAUUCCUGACGAGCAUGCAAAGGCUCGGUCCCAGCAGGCUCUCGUUGCUCCUCUCAGCCGCUGCGAGUGCAUGAACUCGGCGCUUUUAAUCUGAGCGCUGCCCUGUUGACCGCCGAGCGCAGAGAAAGAGGCCUGCCUGUGCUCUAACAAUUCACCCGGCUAAUAGGCUGGAGAGCCUGUUCACGGUACAGUCGCUGCUCACGGAUGAGUCAGCGUUCACCGGCGUCGUACUCACAAACAACACAAAGCGGAGCCCUCAGCAGCAAUGAGGCUUUCAUUGAUCCAGCUUUGAAGAUUUAAAGAAGCUGCAGAUUGGUUUCUUCUGAAUCCUGUUUAAAAAUAUAUAUAUAUAUAACGCCAGUUUUUUGAGACAAAAAUCGUUUUCCCACAAAGCCAGCGUUUCAGGUUGUUUGAGUUUGCACUGGCAGGACAAAAAUACAUCCAAGUUCCCUUUUUCCAAACUGAUUAACAAAUCCUGACUUCAGUAGAAAAGCAGAACACAAUAAUGCACAUUUUUAAACAUCAAGUUUAAUCACAAAAAAACGUUUGGUUCUCAAAAUAAUGGUUCUAAUGUGUAAGCAUGUCUCUAAUCUAUUUGUUAUAUAACCCUGCUUUGUCAUUUAUUGUUUUUGUACUCUUGUUUUAUAAUUGAAAAAUUACAACUGUGUCCAAUAAAGAGGAAACCUUAUAACUUUUAACAUUUAUUUUCCAUCAAUCUUUUUUUUUUAAUGAUGAUUAUAUUCAUUUUUAUUCAUUUUUCUCCUUUAUAGGUUGUGGGAAUGUUUAUACCAUAAAAGAUGUUUGAGAUCUUUGGGUAAUCUGUUAGGGUUUUUCUUUUUGUUGUUGUUUUUGCUGAUUCUAGUUUUCUUUACUUCCUGUUGGCUUUUUCUUCCUGUAAACACUUGCAUAAUUUAUACACGACGAGCAGAAAUAUGUCCGUUGAGGGCGGGGGUGGGGAGGGGGGGUAACGUUCAGGAGUAGAAGUCUUUGUGUGAGAAUAACGAGCUCCAUGUUGUUUAUACCAAAGUCAUUGAUUCGAGGUGUAUUUGUAUAUUUUUGUGCAAAAGCCGACUUCCAUUCAGCAUUUUAAUGAUGUAAAGUCUCCUUGGAGAUGUCAUGGAGAGACACUGCCUUUUGAGAAAUGCUACUUUUUCAGAUGUAGGUUGAGUAGAUAUGUAAAUGCUUAUUGUAAAAGGGGUUGUGUGCAACUAGAGAUUAGUGUUUAGUAAGCUACUGUUUAAAGGGAAAUGAGCCAAUAGCUGCAGGUUCUCCUUGAGUUUUUUUUAUUUUAUUUAAUUUUAUUUCUUUUUUUCCUCUGCAGAGGAAUAAGAGUUUUUCUAGUUAGACAAAAGCACAACUGUCGAUUAUCGUCACAUGAGUUUAGUUGUAUUUCUCUUUUAUGGAUUACUUUUUUCCUUUUCAGGACAAUGUGCAACGCCUUCAUUAAGAAAGCUGCUAUUGUUAUUCACUGUGUAACAGGUAUGAGAGCUUCUUUCUCCUCAUUUCAGUGGUACCCUCUCCUCUGUCUCUACACUCCUUGUUUCAACACGUCAGCAAAUGGCCACUGAGGUCAAAUGUGAUUUAUGCAAUAAAAUGUUUACUGGGGUCGUGACACUACGAGAGACCCAGAGUUGUUGUACAGACUUUGCAACCGAAGCACAAUGUGCAAAUGCUACCAUUUUUUUAGUCCAAUGAAGAGAGGUGUUUAUAUACAGAGUAAAUCUUUGUGCUUUAAGGUUUUGCUUUUUAAAGAUGUAAAAAAAAAAAAAAAAAAAA